AGAGUUGCUUUGCAAUGUCAAACAGAAUCAAAAGCGGUGGGAAACUGAAAGCAGCUUGGGGCUGAGUGUACCGGUGCAAGGGUCGAGAGAGCGGUUAAUCAUCAACAUGUUCAUGUGAGAUGAAGUGUUGGAGAUGUAAUCAGUUCCACUCAGACAGUCAAAGAGCCAGUCAGCUGGUGAGGCUCGGUCUCUGUCAUAGUGACUCAGCAGCGGACACCAUGGCUAACCGUCGCUUCGAGGGGAGAGAACAUGCAGCUGCCUACCUCAGGUACAGGUUGGGUCCCCCUCAAGAACUCCUCGCAGAGAUACUGGGCUUCUUGGAGAAAAGGAGAGCAGGGCCGUAUGACCUUGCUGUGGAUGUGGGCUGUGGCUCCGGUCAGGGGACCCGCCUGCUAGCCCCUCACUUCACCCAGGUGGUGGGGACAGACAUCAGCCCCGCCCAGCUGGAGAUGGCCCUGGCCAAUGGCAGCAUCCCAAACAUCACCUACAUGCAAUGCCCGGCAGAGGAGCUACCGCUCGGGGUAGGCGUGGCCGACCUGGUGACGUCCAUGACCGCGGCCCACUGGUUCGACCAUCCCCGGUUCCUCCAGGAGGCCUACAGGCUGCUGAAGCCCCGGGGCUGCCUGGCUUUACUCAGCUACACCAUGGACAUGGAGCUGGAGUACCAAACCCUCUCCUCCACCCUCAAUGACAUCUGUCAGGAGGUCUACGCCGCGCUGCUGCCUUAUCGGAGUGCCUACCUUGGCUCGGGUGCUCUGCCGCUCUACAAACACAUGUACGAGUCAUGCCCACACCCAGAUAAAGAGUGGCAUGAGUGUCUGCAUGCAAGCACAGCGAUGUCUCUGAGCGGCUACAUUGGCUUGGUGGAGAGCUUCUCUACCUACCAGGCGUUUCUGAAGCAGCAUCCAGAUGAGGCACAUAAGCUCUCUCACGAGUUUAAGAACAGAUUGCUGUCUGCUAUGGGGGUGUCCUCCCCAGACACAGAGGUUGUUGUGGUGGUGAAGUAUUUCUACUGGCUGGCCCGCAAGCCUGAUUCGGACUGAACAAUCCUCAAGCUGUUUCAAAGCAAAACUGUUGCGUCAUCAUGAUUCCAUAACCUGCAAAUGAUUCUCAAACGAAAUUAAUCUUUUAACCCCCCACAGAAGAACUAUACACCUGUGCCUGAGGUAUAUAUUCAGCUAAUUAUUACCAUUGGUUACACUAUGACAUUUUAGGGCCAUUCUUGUCUCCUGCAGAUCAGGGAGUUUAGGCCACUGGCUCCCCCUUUUGUCAGAAAAUGGUACUGUAGACCUUGAAUCCUGACAUUUAUGUUAAACAGAUACAUGCAAAUUCAGUCUCUCUCCGAUAUCUGUCAGUACAAGCUAAAACUCAUUCAUUCCUUCAGACAAGCCACAAACAUUGCAAACCCCUGCCCAGGACAACUGUAGCCAAAGCUGGCUCUUUGAGACGGUUGUAUUUUCACUCUUAAAAAGUGACAUGCAGUUUUGUCCUCAAAUGCAGCUUAGUCAUGGCUGGCAAGGUCUUCUUUGUCCCGGGGGCAAGUGGAACUUGGGCUGGUUGUUUUUUUUCACAGUGAUGCAGUUGUUUGUCAAAUUGAUUCCUUCUCCUCUUGCUUUUGUCAGAGUCAUGGCCGUUAUUGUUGCUGGCAUUCUAGCGAGCUAAUUUACCAUAACAAGACCUGAGGACUAAACCUUCCAUGAUAAAAAUAUGAUGGUGAUGCUAAUGUUCUUAGUGUGCAACUGAACAAUAAAAUGUUGCAAGUG